AUGUUCUUCGGAAUUAGAGUGCAUUUUUUGUUCCUGCUACAGGCUUUUCUUCUGGAACAUUCAGUUGGAUACUAUGACUUUAGCGUUUGCUUUAGAGGUGAGCGAUGCGUCGCAUUGGACGAUUGCCUUGAUUCGCUUCAAAUUUCUAGAUCCAAAUAUAAUUUAAAUAGCAAAAAAUGUGAAAAAGAUAAGAUCUGCUGCCCGAAGCCAGGAAACAUCCUGCCAGGUAGUACGACCUGCGGACAAAGCCCACCACAAAAUCGAGUGGCGUUCGGCGCAAAAGCUUAUAUGAACGAGUUCCCUUGGAUGGCCAUGCUCCUAUACCAGAAUACCACAACUUGGGAUCCAAAACUUAUCUCCGUUUGCGGGGGCUCCCUGAUCAACAGCCGCUACGUCCUAACCGCAGCCCACUGUGUGGUCUCAAUAAAAUUUGUGCCAAAUGAUUUAGUGAUCAGGAAAGUGCGUCUGGGCGAGCAUGACACCUCCUCCAAUCCCGACUGGGUCCAGCUUGCUAAUGGACAAUGGAUAAACGCCCCCAGCCAUCUCGAAAUCGAAGUAGAAGAGAUUGUUGUGCAUACAAAUUACUCCAACAACUGGCAAUUGAUAAACGACAUCGCCCUGCUGCGACUUGAAAUGCCAGUAAGCUAUACGAAUGAAAUCAGACCGAUUUGUCUCCCAACAAAACAUUUUCCUUGAAAAACUCCUUAUUGCAAAUUGCGGGCUGGGGACGCACGGAAAAUGGACAACACAGUAAAGUACUCUUGAAGAGCACCAUUUUUGAA